UGUUUAGCAGGUGCGCUUAGCUCGUCUCUCGCGGCUGCAGGGAGCAGCUCUACGCCCUAUUCAACGGGAUCUGCCAGGCGCUGCAUCCUGCACACCGACCUGCUCAACAUACAUCGAUUCCUUCGUACGUCUUGCGCAUAGUGAACUGUCUGACGCAGUCAUUUAACGCAGGUAAUAACGAGGGGUUGCUUUAUCAGAAAACAAAGACUGGAACUUGCAGCAAGGAAUAUACUGUAAGUGCAACACUUUCUGUGUCUACCUACAUCUGGACAUUAUACAGAAGCUGUCUGGCACCCAAACUUAUACAUAGGCAUCACCCCCUUCACAUAACUAAGGUUUUUCUAAGCUGUUGAAGGCACUACUUUUAAAGCGUAAAAUAAACCCUCCAGAGACACAGGCACCACUCAGAGCUCCUUUCUUGCCACCAUCAUGGGCACAGUCCUGUCUCUGUCCCCAUCAUCUGGGAAGGCCGGGCCUUUGGAUGAGAAAAAGCCAGAGGCGCCUGGCGUAGGAGGUGGAUACUCAGCCAUCCCUAACAGCAAAAAUGGAGGCAGCAAAUCGGAGAAGACCCUCAAGAGACAUUCUGUUCUUAUUUCUGCACUUACUUGGAAGAGGUUAGUGGCAGCUACUGCCAAAAAGAAGAAUGCCAAGAAGAUCAACCCAAAUCCAGGGCCCAUUAAUGGCCCUUUGCUUCCCAACAACAACCCUGUGGAGCAGCUGAACCAUGAGAAUUUGCGCAAGUCUCAGCUCAGUCCUGGGCGCAGGGAGCCCAAACCAGUACCAGUACCGACGGUGCCCCCUGGCUCCUCUGAGGGCCAGAAAAUGCAGCACCAGCUGGUGGCAGUGCAGAAGCAAGCAAGUGGUCGCUCUCUAUGCUCACCACGCAGGGUUAUAGUUCAAGCAUCAACUGGAGAACUCCUACGUUGCUUGGGUGAGUUUGUAUGUCGCCGCUGCUACCGGCUAAAGGAGCUGAGCCCUGGGGAACUCACCAUGUGGUUUCGUAACGUCGACCGGGCCUUGUUACUGCAGGGAUGGCAAGACCAAGGCUUCAUCACUCCAGCCAACCUGGUGUUCGUCUACCUUCUUUGCCGAGAGGCCAUUGGGGAUGAACUGGCUACUGAAUUUGAGCUCCAGGCUUGCUUUCUCACUUGCCUUUACUUGGCCUAUUCCUAUAUGGGGAAUGAAAUCUCAUAUCCCUUGAAGCCCUUUUUGGUGGAGACAGAUAAAGAAGUCUUCUGGCAACGCUGCCUGAGCAUCAUUGAUCGUAUGAGUGCCAAAAUGCUGCAGAUCAACUCUGACCCCCAUUUCUUUACACAGGUUUUCCAAGACUUGAAGAAUGAAGGAGAGACCAGAGAAUCCAAAGGUCAAUGGACUAUAAACUUAGAUCGUUAGGGUGGAGGUAUGGGGUUGGGUGGCUGGGUGGGUAGAAACAGUUUGAGGACAAUUCAAGAACACAAAACAACAAAUACGUAUCUAUCUAUGAUCAACUUGUAGAAUGGAGCCAAGUUCAGUUCAACAGGCUGCUAAUGGAGACAGACACUUAAAAUAACGGUUGUAUUGCUCUUCAGACACUGAUUGCUUUUGAGCUGCCAUUUGGCAGCCUGUUUUUUGGGUGCUUCAGACCAUUAAAAUGUUUAUUAGAAUAGAGACUGCAGCAAUUUACAGAUUUUGCUGGUGAGAGUGGGUUAAAAUGCAGACCUCUUUCCUGCAGUGUUGAACUAUAACUCUCAUCAUCCAUAGGCAGGCAAAGACUGUUGUCGUCCCCUGAGUUAAAACAACCCAUCACCAUUGUUUUUCAUUUGCAACUGACACUAGUAACAUACUGCAAUCAUUUAGCUCCUCUGUAUCAUCCUCCAUUUUGCAUAAUUCUGGGUGGACAUUGGUGACUUUUUUCUGUUGGGGGGGGCAUCACUGUUAUCAUUGGGCUUGUUAUUAAAUCAUUUGCAAUCACCCCUUUGCCACUCUCUAGAAUGUUAACCUUCUCAUCUUUGCUACACCAGGCACUUUCCAUUCUGAUAUUAGUGUCAGUUAUGAAAUAUUUAACACCCCCUUAAAAAAGGGGCAGCACUAUACUCACUGUGCACUCAAUAUCCUUUAACUAAUGUGUGUGAAUAGGUAAUGGUUUAAUUGUAAAGCUUAAGAUAUGGGGGCCAUAAAAAAAUAUGUAUUAUUUAGGGACAAUCUUUGUGCGACUGUGAAUCACAGUACAUAGGGGGUAUGGGGACUUUUUGUAUUUUUCUAGACAGGUAUGUUGGGUAUUUGCAUAUUGUUUUGCUUUUGUUACAAGGUAACAUUUCAUUUCAUGACCUAUUUGUCUCUGCAGUUCUGUCUAGCAGUAAGCUUUUGUUUGCUAUAUGCACUAUAUUUAUCAGAGGAUGAUGGGAGUCGUAGUACAACAUCAGCUAGCACCCUUGAGCUUAAUCAACCCUUGGCUGUUAAACCCUGUGCUAAAGGUUGUUUUGUUUCCUUGUCUCUGAAGGAACUAACCAAGGGAAUGGUCCUUGGUACUUCGCUAUUCAACAUUACAUUGCAGACAUAGCCUCAUAGUAUAUAUGAAUGUAACUGGAAUGGAAUACACACAGUGUUGCAAUAUUGUCUGACAAUGAAGCUGUUCAAUGUGCCAACAGUGUUCAAAUGUACAAAAACCGUAUUGUUUUAUAUUGUAUAUUUAAGAAAAAAAUCUCAUAAAAGUGAUUAUGAAUCUCUUGGA